UUGGUGAAGAAAGCUAUAUUCUUUAAUACAAACAUAUCUGAAAGAAAACGGCGAUAUAGGCAGCAAGAACCGUAUGUUACAACGCACGUGGACUCGUAUAUCAGUUGUAAUGUAACCAGUUAGUAAGCUACCUUCACAGUCUCGUGCUUGAUCGAACGAUGUUAAAUCUUCGCGAUUCUGCUGGCUUGUGAUAAAUGGUUGGUUUGAAUAGUGCAACUGGGGACCUACGAUGACCUCUCUUGAUGAGAUAGAGCAACAUAAGAACUACAACUGGACUGUUGAAUUUGCUACUAUUUAUCUUACUCGUAGCCAUAUCUUUAGAUGCUGCUGCCAGCUAGCUAACUUAAUUUCUUAAAACUAAUGAAUAGCUAAACGCCUAAAAUGCCACUGCAAAUAGGUGACUUGGUCGACAUGCCGGUAGCUAAUCACGUGGUUACUUGUUUGUACACGGGGGUACAACCAUAGCUUUAAUAUGAAUGACCAGGUUUCCAUAUGAUUGAGAAGCAGCUAUAGUUAACUAGCUACUCUCACACUGCAAUUUGGUCUCGCACCUUCGAGUUACAGUCCACGCUGUCUAGCAAGCUGAAUUUCUACUAGUACUACGUCUACUUGUCAAGAAUAGGAGGCGGUGGCAGCUGUGGUGUACAUUUCUGCGUUCUUUAUAGAGAUCACUGCCAGGGUGAAAUACUGCAGUUCAUGUUUCAACAAGAAGUCAGUGUACUAUCUUUUAUGUCCGUCUUGUUCUUACCUUUUCCAAAACGAGAAGAGGAAUAUGUCUAGAUAUAACAUUUACAGUCUUUUAGACUGGUUGUAUGGCGGCGUGGACCCGAAGUUUGAAGGCAACGGGGGUCCAGAAUGUGCCGCCUUUCUUGCACCCCAACAACGUCUCGGUGAGAGUUUUGUCAUGGUUCUGAUUUCCAUCGUGGAAGUUGUCGUCGCACUGAGGAAAAUCAACAUUUCUAAAGAACUCAACGAGAUAACGAAAGAUGGUCCAAGCAUAAAAGAGGACAGUUUGGGCAAGAACCUGUUGCUGGUUGCUUUGUGUAUGACGUUUGGAGUUGAGGUUGGAUUCAAAUUCGCCAAAAAGACAGUGAUAUACCUACUGAAUCCUUGUCAUGUUGUGACCAUGUUGCAGAUCUUCUUGCUGGCCUGUCCGCCAUGUAAAACAGCCAUAUUUAUUUUUUAUCAGCUUCAGGUCCAUAUGCUGAACGGUGCCCUACUGGCCCUUGUCUUCCCUGUGGUCAACACUAGGCUGCUUCCAUUUGAGAAGGAGGUCUACUACAUCCAGCAUUCCUUGCUCUACCUGGUGCCUGUAUACCUCUUCAGGAAAGGAGGUGUGUACAAGCCGGAGCCCCUGGGGGACAUGUGGUGGGCUAUCCUCUCCACUGGCAUCCUGUUCCUUUAUCACUUCCUGUUCCUGCAGGGCUUGGGCCUGAUGACCGAGGUCAAUCUGAACAACAUGCUGUGUCCAGCAGUGUCAGAUCCAUUUUAUGGGCCUUGGUACCGGGUUUGGGCUGCGGGUCACCAGACCCUGUUGACCCUGGUCCAUGGGAAGGCCCUGACCCUCCUCUCCCACCACACCAGCCCCACCUGCAGGUACUUGCUGCACAAUGCCAGACUGCGCAGCAAGAAGAUUGACUGAACAUCCACACACAGAGACAAACACGAACGUAGCCUUUUCCAAUCCAAACGCCUGUUAUGUUGGGAUUUUCUAUCCACAUUUUUAAUGCAUCUGUACCACCUUUACCAUAUUUAUUUACUGUAAAGAAAUAAUCAUUUCAGAGUCAAUGAAAUAUCAUUCCUUUAGUGUUUGUGCUGGAUUGCAUUAUAUGCAUGCACAAUCAUGGGCGCCUGAUUUUGUCUGAAAGUGGGGGUGCAAAUGCUUGGAAGGGGGGGCUUGACUUUUUUUGGCACCGUUUGAAGCGCUGUCACCAUAAACAUUAAAACAAUUUACUUGUCUCAGCAGUGUACAUAUUUGAUUAAAAAAGGGUAGAAAUGGCUUAUUUGGUCAAAAUGACUUGCCAAGCACACAGACCAGGCACCAGGACAGGUGUUUAAGUGAUUAAGGGGUGCAGUUGAACUCGGUGAGGGGGGCACAAUUUUUAAGGGUUCUUGCAUUGGAAUUAUAUUGAAUUCUUAUCAUGCUAUAAUGUAAUAAACUAAGUUCAAAUGCUGAGACUCAGGCCAGUGAGUGCUUUCUGAAGUGACAGAUUAACGUGAAAUCUGUAGCCCAGCGCCACUGUGCUGUAUCAGCACAAUGGACAGCGCCCUACACAAGGCCAUUUUGGUAAUGAAUAUAGGCUACAAUAUAGGCUUUUUAUAAUAGGUGAAUUGCCUAAUGUGAAUGCAGGCGUACACACAGCCAUCUUACCAAAAUAAUGCAAACUAAAUGCUGAAAGUAGUAGACUAGUUAAUCAUGCAAACAAAAAUACUGAAUAGCAGUUUGGCUUAGAAAAAUGACACAGCGAAUGUGAACAAAUGAAUGUGAACAGAACAAAAGAGUUAGGUCUACUAUAGGCCUAUAAACAAAAGAGUUAGGUCUACUAUAGGCCUAUAAACAAAAGAGUUAGGUCUACUAUAGGCCUAUAAACAAAAGAGUUAGGUCUACUAUAGGCCUAUAAACAAAAGAGUUAGGUCUACUAUAGGCCUAUAAACAA